GAGGGGAGAGGUCUGGGGGAGGAGUAGGCAGUGAUUAAUGCACCCACUGUGAGAGCUUGUCUUCUAUUUAAUGGAGGGUCUCUCUGCCCAGGGGGAGUCAGAGCCAGCUCCAGGACCAGCAGGAGGAUGGCGGAGAAUCUGGGGCUGGGCUUCGGGGAAACAGCCAGUGUGGAAAUGCUGCCUGAGGAAGGCAGCUGCACGCCCAAGGCCAGAGGCAGGCUGGCAGCCAGGAGCAGCGUGCGCUGGGCUCUCACCUGCUGCCUGGUAUCGCUACCCAUCCUGGCAGGACUCACCACCUACCUGCUCGUGGGCCAGCUCCGGGCCCAAGGAGAUGCCUGUGUGUUCCAGACUUCAAAAGGGCAAGAGUUUGGACCUUCACAUCAGCGAGCUUAUGCAAUUUCCGGAGCUGCUGGAGAUAAGCCAAGGGCACACCUGACAGUUGUCAGACAAAGUCCCACACAGUCUUUGAAAAAUCAGUUUCCAGCUCUGCACUGGGAACAUGAACUUGGCUUGGCCUUUACCAAGAACCGGAUGAACUACACAAAUAAAUUCCUGGUGAUCCCAGAGUCGGGAGACUACUUUGUUUACUCCCAGGUCACGUUCCGAGGAACCACAUCUGAGUGUGGUGAAAUCCACCAAGGGAGCCGACUAAACAAGCCAGACUCCAUCAUCGUGGUCAUCACUAAGGUAACAGACAGCUACCCCGAGCCGACCCAGCUCCUAAUGGGGACCAAGUCUGUGUGCGAAGUAGGCAGCAACUGGUUCCAGCCCAUCUACCUAGGGGCCAUGUUCUCCUUGCAGGAAGGGGACAAGCUGAUGGUGAACGUCAGUGACAUCUCUUUGGUGGAUUACACAAAAGAAGAUAAAACUUUCUUUGGCGCCUUCUUGCUGUAGGGGCAAGGUGGGCAUCCUCGUGUGAAGGUCCUCUGCCUCCUAGUUCCUAAUUUUCUUCACUCAUACAUAAUUAUAACAGGUUUUUGUUUUUGUUUUUGUUUUUUUUGGACCAUUCCACAGAAACGGUGGCUUAGCUAUGAAAUUGGAGGCCCGAAAUGUCAUACUUUAUAUGCCUUACUGAUGAGAAUCUUAACCGGAAAAAGGCAGAACAGAGCAGACACACGACCGUGGUUGCUUGGAAAAGGGGUGGAUUUCUAAACACUGACACACUGAUCACCAAAUGAAUGGAGGUCUACUCGGAACAUUUCCACCCCUUCAUACCACACAUCAGUCACCAGUGGGCCCAAUUAUUGUGGGAUUUGAUCAAGAAACAUUUGCUUCAGUUUAGGGGCCCUUGAACAAAAUCCAAAGCCCUAGAAAACAGUGUAAACCCUAGAGCAAAAUCCUUCAUCAGUGUCUCUAAACAUAUACUUUAAUGCCUUGUCUUAAAAAAAAAAUGAAAAGAGGGCUGGUAUUUCUCAUGAACACUAGAAAGGAGAAAAAGAAAGAAGAAAGAAAGAAAGAAAAGAAAGAAAGAAAGAAAGAAAGAAAGAAAGAAAGAAAGAAAGAAAGAAAGAAAGAAAGAAAGAAAGAAAGAAAGAAAAGAAAGAAAGGGAAAGAAAUUGGUUUUCAUACCAUCUAUGGCAAAUGAAAAAAGCAACCCCUCUUUUUAUUCUGUGCACAGGCAUGAAAACCAGCAAGUAUGAGUUCCACAUGCAUAUCAAAAAUACAACAAUAGCAUUUACUCAGCACAGUUUACUUGAACACCUUUUACGUUCUGGGUACUACCUUAACCCAGAUGAUACUAUGAAGAAUAAGACAGACUCUAUUCAAAACUUAAAUGAAUUCCAUCCGUGGCUCCUGGUCAAAUAUCACUCAAUUUUGAGGACUUGGACUAACUCCAAGUCCUUAAAAAAUAUCUCAUCUGACACUAGUAUGUAAGAUUUCUGAAGCUCUCCAGACAGUGUAAGAUAUCCAGCUGAUUAGGUCACUCAAGAAACUCGAAGACAGAUUUCUAGCCAACUAGACCAGCUCUACAACAAACCUGAUCAAUGCCAAGAGAGAACAGACUUAUUCUCGUCUGGGGCGGGGUGGAGGGGGGGGUUGGCAGGGAGAGACAGUCAAUCACCAAAUCUAGAGACGUUAACUUAGAUUUUAUGUGCAGAGUGUUAAUCAGGGAAUUUUUCUUUUAAAAUACUCAAGGGAUUUCAAUAUGUGAUGAGCUUAUCAGCCCAGCCAAGGCUUCUCCCAUGGAGGAGAGGCUGAACAUUAAGAAGGUCCCUCCUGCCCUUUAGUGACUUCAUACUCUCUAAUCUGUAUGAUUUUCCUCCACUAAUAUGCCAAGGGUAGGAGGGGCAUCUCUGCUCUUAGCCUCAGUUGACUUGUCUAUAAAGUAGGAGUCCACCAAUUUGUUUCCCAGGAUCAAAUGGGCUCGUGGGGAUGAAACAUGUUCGCUCUGAGCAUUCUGUGCAGUCAAAGAGCAUGUCGGUAUGACAUGGGCAGUGACCUGCUGCACGCUGGUCCUUAUCAUCAAUGCAGCCUACUGUGGGAGACCUUCACGACCGGGUCUAAAAGCAAACUUGGCACCAAAAUCACUCUCACAGGUACGAAGGUGUGUGCUGGGGCUUCUGAGCAGGGUGAUUGGUGUGCAGUACUUGGUCAAUAUUUGUUGAGUUACAUAAAAAAUAAAAAUUGAUUUCUGGUUUCUCAGGAGAUUAGGGCUCUAGAGCCUUCUCAGCACAGUGAGCACAGGGCUCCGCAGGAGCAGAGAGAAGGGUGUGGUGACCUCACCUGAUUCAGAAGAGUCUUCAUAAAGGAAGUGAAGCCUGAGCGCCUCCUGAAAGAGGGUGGGCGGACAAGAGAUGGCCUCGGGGAAAGGGCAUCUGAGACGGAGGAAUUACCCUUUACGUUAAAGCAGAAAGGAAAGGUUUCUCAGUAACUAUAAAACCAGCUUGAUAAGAUAAUGCUCCUUCAACCUACUCCGAGAACAAUGUUUGCUGGCAGAUCGGGAUAAUUUUAUCAACAACUCCAGUGUGCCUCCAGGAUCAGAACUCACGACCCCAUGGAGAAAAUAAAAUGCUCCGUCUGCAUUUGCAUGCAUGCGAAACACCGUGGGGAGCAGGAGGAUGGGCAUGCAAGAGGUCAAAGUGACCCCCCUCACCUUCUCCACUAAAAGGAACUCUUGUUACCAAGGGUCUUCAGACGUGCCCACUGCGCCUUAGGGCAUUUGUAGGAUUUGGAAGUUCAUCCAAGGAAUAGAAGUUUCCCACUAUUCUAAAAGACUCGACCACUUGCGGAAACUCCCUGCCACAUGUUUAUUUUGCUCCUGUCAUAAGCUUGUUUAUUGAAAGGUGUAUUGUGCUGAAGUUGUCCCAGCUAAAUUUGUUAAGUCCUUAUAUCUUGUACCAUUCAGAAAGGGCCAGCCGAGCAUUUCCAGUAGGAUUCAAGUCAAAACUUCUGUUUCCUAGGCAUUCUCUCCAUAGCCAAAAUUAGUGCACUAGUUUUAAAAAUGAGAUGAGAGGAUCCUUAAGAACAUGCUGGUCUCCUAAAAGGAGUAAAUGAGAUGCUGCCAAAGAUUUGCAAGGGAAGAAGGAGCAUGCCUAUGUGCUUCAGAAAAUAGUUAAUUUAGGGGAGAAAUGCUCUGCUGGUCCAAUGUCUCUCAAAAGGCUGAAUUCAAAUCAAUUCCACAUUUACUGAGUGCCUACUCGCCCUGGGACACAAAGAGAAAUUAUUUUAGUUUCAGAUGGGUUCACUCUAACCACUCAGCACCUCCAUGGUCUGGAGACCCUUUCAUUUAUAUUGGUAAUAUUAGCUACCUAAUUAGCUAACUUUAGGCACGUGGAUAUUUUCUCAUUCGGAAAAUGGGUGCCAUCUGAUGAAGGAUGAUCAUUAACAAAAUGAUUUGUGUUUACACUAAGUGGUUUUUUAAAGAGCUACUCACAGAGUUUUCCAUUAAUAAAAGGGGAUAAAAUAAAGAUACCAUUUCCUAUAGUAGAAUCCAUUAUUUAAGCCACAAGUGCAGAGAGGUUAUCAUCUGCUGGACUUGAGUUUGGCCCUCGACACCCUUGAAAAUAUUAGAACCUGUGGAUGAGCCAGAGGUGCUUUGAAAAGCCGGUGUACCUUCAGAAAAUGCAGGAACCGUGAUCAAAAUGCAUGGGGUUGCUUGCAUUUUGACCCUAGCACAGUUUAGAACUAUUUGGCAGGACGGCGUUGCUUCAGCUACGAAAAUUCCUAAAUGUUUUGACUAGGGUACAGUAGGACUUUCACAUCCUGAAAAUGUCUGAUUCCGUUCAACAGGGCAGACCAGGUCCCUUGGCUCCAUUUCAACCUAAGCUAUGUCACCCCAGAGGAAGUACCACCUCCGCACUCGUCAGUAACCCCUCUGGAUUAUAAAAGUUUGACUAUCUUACUGUGCACAAGGCAUGGCCCUUGCCAACGUUCUCUUGCAAGGUAUUUUCCCCAGUCCUUCCCCCAAUCAUGUUUCCAUGAUUGCGACACUGGGAAUUAAUUCUUCAGGAGAGGAUUGCUCAUUAUACUCUGCACCUUUGCAAAACACAUGCAGUAGUCUCUUGUCUCAAGAUGUCUUGCUCUCCUAGGGCUCGGAGUCCUGAAAGUGUUUUGCCGUGUGUAGCAGAAAUUUUGUUCAGUGUGCACCCCUCUCCUGGAUAGUCAUAGUGAUUGGCUCCGACCGGCAGCGGGGCCUGGGGAGAAUUCAGCCGACGGCUAAUCCCUGAAUCCUUCUGCUCCAAUGGUGAAGGAGAGGGUAGAUCAGAGCAGUCACACCUGUUCCCUGCCCCACGCUAUCAUAUUUAGAGUUUCCCAAGCUCUGAGACAAAUUUACACCCCAUCCCUUCCAUCGCCCUAUUUUAAGGAGAAAAUGCCAGUCCAGAUGGAAGUUACUUAUUCCGGGUCACACAAUGAGUUCAUGGUGGAUCUGGGGGCUGAGAUACUAUCUUCCUGAAUCAUAAUCCUGGGCUCAUCCAGUUACCCUCUGCAAAUAGUAUUUGUUUUAAUAACUGGAGGAGAGAUUGGAGGAAGACAUGAGAAGUAUUAUCAAAUAGCUCUGGGGGAUGUGGAAGCGGGGAGGGGACUGCUUCCAUGUCCCUUAGAGGAAAGCACUAGGGCUAAGGAGUUGCAGUUUACAAGGUCAUCAUUUCUGGCCCAAUAACCAGAGAAACUUUCUACCCUCACAGUAGAAUGUCCCCAGAUAGUGAUUUCUCAGUCCUUGGAUAUAUUCAAGCCAAGGGCUUAUCUCAAGGGUUCUGAAGAAGUCAUUCCUUCAUUGAGGUGGCAGGAAGGGAUAGAGCCAAAGGAUGUCUGAGGUCUUUUCCAGAUCUAUGAUUAUGUGGCCAUCUGUGUAUUUUUUUUAACAUGGGCAUUUUUUAAUUGACUUUUGUGUGUUCUGUGGGGUCAUUAAGAACCUGGCAGGCCUUGUCAAGAGUUCAGUGUCUCUCAGCCUACAAGUGGCUGCCAUUUCCCACUUGUUCUGAGAGUGUCCAACACAGAGUGACUGUUUGAGCUUGACCAAUAGAGAAUGCCAUGGAACUUUACAACCAAUGGGAUCUGCAGAGUUUAUCUACUCCAAGUUACAUCAUUUUAAUGAUGAAGAAACCCGGGCUCAGGAAGAUGACAUAAAUGGUCCAAUGUCAGCGACUAGCUAGUAGCAGUGCUGAGACUAGAAUUCAUAGCUCCUGACACACAUUUCAUCCAUGAAUCAGUUUUGUGGGAUUUUUUUUUUUUUAGCAUUUGUCACAUGACAGCACUUAUCUAGAUCCUGAAGAGCAAGGCAAGAAGGGACAUGACAGGCAAGUCCCACUCUCCUGUUGCAAACAUUCAGGAGGAAGGAGAAACACGAUGUUGAGCAAAUGAAGUAGCUGAACUUAAUCAAAUGACUUUGUUCAUAAAGUCAUUAAAAUAUGUCACUGCCCCUGCUUUUGUUCCAGGGGUAUACAGAUUGAACAAAUGUAGGUAUUUAUGUGGUUUUACUGAUAAACCCUGAGCACUUUCACUGAUUCUAUGUUUUAUGUUAAAACGUCACAACCCCAAGGUAAAGUGCAUAUUGUAUGUUGUUGGAUACUGGUAACUGGUAAUCAUCUAUGUCUUUGGGCACUACUGUGUGAAUUCUAAUCACUGUGAAUGAAAUGUUGUAUGUGCUAAUGUAUUUAACAGAUGUAACUUAAUAAAUCGGCAUUGGAAGCUGCAGAAACGUAAUAAUGAGGUCUAUUCUUUUGUGAAUCUGUUCGUUUAAUUUUCUUUCUAGAUU